UUGGAACUAUUACCAACGUUGUUGUUAUGAGAGAUGAAGAUGGAAACUCUUAAGUGUUUUGGAUUUGUCAACUUUGAAGACUCUGAGGAUGCAGCUCGAUCUGUUGAGGCCCUUAAUGGGAAGAAGUUUGAAGAUAAGGAGUGGUAUGUUGAGAAUGCUCAGAAACAAUCUGAAAGAGAGAUUGAUUUGAAAGGGGGAAUCGAGCAAGAGUACUUGCAGGAGAAGGUUGACAAGUACGUAGAUGUUAACGAAGGGCUGAAUUUAUUUGUUAAAAACCUAGAUGAUAGCAUCAAUACCGAUGAUAAGCUAAGGGAAUUGUUCUCAGAAUUCGGUACGAUUACUUCAUGCAAGGUCUUACGUGACGAUAAUGGUAUAAGUAGAGGAUCGGGAUUUGUUGCUUUCUCGACCGCUGAAGAAUCAUCUCGAGCUCUCUUGGAAAUGAAUGGCAAAAUGGUUAUCAGCAAAGCAUUGUAUGUGGCACUUGCACAACGUAGAGAAGAUAGAAGUGCAAAGGUGCAGAGACGACGCAAGAAGAGAACAACUCGCAAUUAUUAGUGUUGCCAAGGUAGCCGAGUAGUCGGCGGGCUUCACGUACGUACGUUCUCUGAAGUCAUUUUAUCAAAUUAAGGCCACUUGCAGCCUCAUGAUCAGUUUAAUCCCGCUUUGAAUGUAAGAUGAUCAGAUAACUGUGUUCCAAGUCAUGUUGAUAUAUA